AUGGGCUUUUGCGUGGCGUGGAUCAUGGAUGGAUUUGGAGAACCCAUGCUCCCCCCUCUCUCCGGUCUCUUGCUGAACUCCGUGUGCUCCGUCUCCGCCGUCUCUGAUCAUUUAUCUCUCUUGCUCUCUCUCUCUCUAGCUCUCUAUAUCUAUGUCUGGAUCCACCGUCGGAAACUGGGAGAGGAAGCCGAUGGGGUGCUAGUGUCAAAGAGGAAUCCGACGGGGACCAAGUCGUGUAGCAUGACCAAGAAACAGUGGACGGGAGGGGCGUCGAGGAAUUACGAAUUACGCAAUAAACCGCGUCUGGCCCCAAGACAGCGCAGAAUACGGUUUACUCUUCGCAGAAAGAGGGCAGAAAUGCCAAUGUUUACUUAACCUAGGCCGGACAGCACCCGAGUCGAGAAUCCCA